AUGGCCCAGUUACCAAUCGAACGAGCAAAGCUCUGCGAUGCUAUAUCGGAACUAAUUGAUAAUCAAGGGGAUAAUAAUAAGAAUUCGCUAACUGGAAAAAUGGUUCGAGAUCAUUUGCAGGAAAAGUUCAAGGUUGACUUAAAACCUUACAAAAAAAUAGUUGACAAAAUUGUUAUGCGUACAUAUCAAAAAAAGAUGAAUGGUAGUUCCGCUACCGAAUCUGACGAAGAUUCCGAUAAUGAUGAAUCUCAUCACGAUACUAGCUCUGCUGGUGCUUCAACCAGUAGAAAGACUGGAAGUGAAUCUGAUAGUGACCAUGGGGUUGCCUCCACAGAUCGAUUCAAGAAGGAUAAGACCAAAAGAAAGAAGAGAGAGGCGCCUACAGAGGAGGUCAACGAGGAUGAAAAUGACCUCAUGUCUGUCGUUAAGAAACGCCCUAGAGCUGCUGCUAGAGCAGCCAACGCGAAUCUCAGAAAAACCCGUAGUUUCAUUCGGACGAAAAAACCCGGAAAUUGUCCGUUCACUCCGAAGACGAAGCUGUGCUACAUCAGCGAUAGUCUGCAGAAAGUCACUCAUUCUAAAUACAUGAGGAGGUGCGACGUGGUUUCUUCGGUUUGGAAUUAUGUCCGCGUUAAUAACUUGACCGAUCCAAAAGAUAAACGCUAUGUCUUGAGUGACUCCCUUCUUCAAGAAAUUGUGAAGAAAAACAGAUUCUUGGGAUUUGGUAUGAUGAAGAUAUUGGUUAAACACGUCAUUGAUCCUUCUGAAUUGGGUUCAGAGUUUGUUGCAGAAGCUGAUGUAGAGAGAGAUCGUCUUCGUAAUAAAUGGAUGAUUGAAAAUGAAAAGUUAGGUGAUGAUACUGCCCCAGCUGAUGGCGAAGCUGAUGCAGAUGCCGACGGUGAUGCAGAUGCUGAUGCCGACGCUGAUGGUGACGGCGAUGCGGAUGCAGAUGAUACCGCUUCUAACUCCAAUGAUGAAAACAACGGUUCAGAAACUUCUGAUAAUUAA